AGGGCGAAAGCAUCACCAGCUCCAAACAACGCACAGCUUUCGAAUCGCAGGACGGGCCUGCCCACACAGUCAACAUGGCAGCGCGGAAGCCGCUCUUCAACCAGCAGGUCCUCUACGACACCACCCCGCUACCAGACUCGAUCCCCAAGGUCAAGGAGAUCGGCGCCAGCUCUGCCCCCCUUCUUUCGGCCUCAUUCUUCAUUGGCGCACGGUGCAAGGACUACAAUGACGACUACAUGCAAUGCAAGACCGAGAACCCGGGCAGGGGCGAGUUCGAAUGCAUGAAGGAAGGCCGCCGUGUCACUAGAUGCGCCCGGAGCGUGCUCGAGGACAUUAACAAGUCCUGUCUCGAGCAAUUCCGCACUCACUGGCAAUGCUUGGAGAACAACAACCAGCAGCUCUGGCAAUGCCGGCCGGACGAGUGGAAGUUGAACAAGUGUGUCUUUGAGAAUCUAAAUCUCGAGAAGGUUAUCCCCGAUCAGCCCAAGCAAUCGACUCCCGUACAUCUCAGACAGAAGCAAGUUUUCGCCCAUAAAUGGAUCCAGCGGUGGGAAAAGCCGUUUGUCCCGGGACAAUCUGAGGCGUCAGAGUCGUCGUCGUCUUGAGUGGGCGGGGUGGUGGUUCUUCUCGUGGCCCAGCAGAUGCGUUUCUUCACGCAGCCCGGAAGUGGCGGUUGGUUCUGGGCCCGGACCUGUACAUACAUACCAAGAGUUAGACAGGCUCAUCCGGUUAUAUCUUGUGAAGUUCUCUUUUUUGGAUGUCUAUAUUCUGUCUGGCCGUCUCCCUGUUGGUCCGCGUUUAUGCCCAGCCACCGAUAUCUAGACUUUAACCACCUAGCAAAAAAGGGGACAAGGAAACAGCUUGCCUGAGCCCCUUCAACCGACAAUCAAGGUUAGAAGUAAAGCAGCCUCUGG